AUGGCUGAAAAUGAUAUGGCUCCCAACGGGAAUAACUUACAUCCAAGACAGAUGAGGCGUUUAAAAGAAGAGCCAUCUGCGCACAACGCUCAGGGUCUUUUCCCUCCCGAUGCUUGCAUCUUCGUUGGAAACCUUUGCUCAAAAAUGGAUCAAGGUCGACAGAAGAUUGACAUAGAGCAAUAUUUCGACAAUUUUGGGCGUUGCUACGCGAAGGUCAAGAUCGAUAAACAUACACAACUCCAUGGGGCCUUUGUACAAUUUGAGAAGAUGCCGAAAAAGGUCCUUGACCGUGCCGCUCAAGGUCUUCCUAUAAAUUUGCACGACCGCGAUCUAAGAGUCGAGCGAGCCAAAGGACAACGAACCGCACGCCUGUCACUUCGAUCCGGUGCUCAUAUUACUGUAGAGGACUCCAGAAAAACCCUAGAGCCAGCAGGUCCUCUCGAGGGACUGUGUCUCCAAAACAUCCAACUGGCGUCCGGUAAUACUGCGACUUGUUUAGCUACAUUCGUAUAUGUUGAGGAUUGCAACGACGCGGUCAAGGAUUUCCUGAGGAACCCCAAAUACGAUCUACGCAAGACCACGUACGAGGGCAACCCAUUUGCCAACGGCGGUUCACCCACUUCAAUUCCAGAGCCAACCAAACAUAGACCCCAAGCUAAUAAUGAGGGCGGGCAAAAAAACCGAUAUGAGCACCACCGUAAUGGCCCUGCUCCCCAUAGAAACAAUAGCUCAGGAUUUGACAGAACUCAUCGUGCUCCUGGCCGGCGCCCGAGUCACCAGCCCUUGAACCCAUCUCAGAAUUAUCAGAAUCCUGAAAGCUACCCAUCAAAUGGUGCUCCAUACAUUUCGGCUCCGAAUCAGCACAUGUCUUCCAGGAUGGCACCGGGAGCUCCCCCAUUCAUUCCAGGUCAAUCUCACGUUGCCCCGACGGCCAACACAUACUAUCCUCCACAAGGCAACGCAAACAACGGUCCUCCGGUACACACUAUAUACAACGCCCCUCCACCGGACGGCACAUACGACUUUCCCCAGCAAAGCAACAUGUACAAUGGCCCCCCGCCAAACAACACAUACAAUGGUCCUCAGCCUAAUAUCGGACAUGCUGGGGAUGCCAGUGUAAAUGGAUGCAACAACCCACAGUACAUGGGCCAAGGAGGCUUGAAUUCCGGAUAUCAAGGACCUUUGAUAGUCGGCGCACCUACAUGCAACAACAACAACAACAAUCCUCAGAUGUACCCCAACGGAUAUCAACAGAUUCCACUGCAAAAUGGCUAUUUCAUUCCAUAUGGGCCUCUAGGAAACCCGAUGAAUGGACAUUUCCCCCCGCAUUUUGGACAGGAACAAUACUUCCAACAGGACCCGGGGUAUUUCGUCCCACAGCCUGGACCUAUGAACAUGCCUUACAUGCAGCCGGACAACAACGCUCCUCCAUUCUAUCCACCGCAGCAAGCACAGCCAGCAGCCCAACCGCAACCGAUAAACAACCCACCUGCGGCACCAGAGAAUUCCGAAGCGUCCAAAGAGCCGGCGCAAAAUCCAAGCCCAGAGCAAGAGCCUGAGCAGAAGGACCCAGCUACCGACGAGCCCAAAGCAAACGGAGCAGACAAGCCAACUUCCGAGAAUGAAUCCAACGAAUCGCCAAACUCAGACGAAACGGAAGAGACAAAAUCCGAAGAGUCCCAAACUGCUGAGAAUGGAUCCAAUUCAGACAAAAAGAAAGAGGCAAUCCCCGAAGAGCCAGUGGAAUCCACCAAUUCUCAUUCUCCCGCCCCAACCACAGACGCUACAAUUCAUCCCAAACCCAAGCAAAACGGAAACCACCACCCAACCACCAACGAACUCCCAACUGAGAACAAGCCAAGCACGCCAGAAAACCCCCCAGUCUCUCGGGACUCUAGCCCGAGCCGGACAGCCAAUGGCAGCAACUCACCCGGAUCAACCAGACCUUCAGUGCACGAUCGCGCGCGACAAGAAAACCUCAAUCGCAAGCUUAACUUGAGCCCAGCCCAGGUAGAACAAAUUACCAGGGAGCUUGAGAUUGAGUUUGAAGAAAAGAUUAAGCUGGAGGCUAUGAAGAAAGACAAUGGAGAUUCGCAUGCCGAGAAGGAUGAAGAAGAUCGGAAUUCGCAGGCCGCUACCCUGAUAGAUGCCUAG